AUGAGCGACGGACUGAGCCAGGUCUUGGAUAGUCUGAGACUACCAGACGGCAAGCCUGACCUUCAGGCACGUCACGCCAACCUUGUAUCGCUGAUACACGGUGGCCAUCUCGAUGUGAAUGAGAUACGCCUCCUGAAAGACCUUCUCGGCAAGGUUGCCCUGCAGAAGGACAUAAUAUCGAACCUUCCUGUCGAACUUGUCAUCCUGACCAUCCAAUAUCUGACCGAGAAAGACAUACUUGCUUGCCUAGGUGUCUCGAGAUCUUGGAAGGCAACGUUCACGGGCGGUCAAGUCAUCUUCAACCUCGCAGAUCGAUUCUUCCCAUGGCUCAUUUGGGAGGGUCCAAGUACCGAUAUUCGGAAUCCAGAAUGCGCUGCUCUGCUUCGCUCGUGUUUCCUUGCAUCGCUUCAGAAGAGGGUGAACCUUGCAAGGCGAUCGGCGGAAGGCGCACCUCCCAUGAUUGAGAAGCAGUAUCUCUGGGACACAGAAACCGAAUUCAUUCUCCAGUCACAGCAAUAUGCCGAUUAUCCAAACCCCAAUCUACCUUCUAAUUGUCGUGCCAUCUACUCCUAUGGUCGAGUAGCUUGGCAACGGGAAACUCAUACUCUCGUCAUAGACUGCCUACAGACCAAGACUCGCAAAAUACUUACUUUUCCUGGUGGGAAGCUUCUCGGACCGGAAAUGGAACUUGCCGCCCUUGGGGACAAGCUUGCCGUUGCGAUAAUGGGCAGAAACCUCCUCGCAUGGGAUAUAGAAACGGCUUCAUUCCAGCGAGCUACUCUGCCCAGUCUAGCGACGAGUUGCACGACCUCCGGAGACCGUGUUGCAGUUCUCACAGGCACAGAGGUCUUUGUAUGGAGCUUCGGCGGUAGAUUACUGGCUGCGAAGCUCCCCACACUGGAUACCGAACCACUCGAGUCGAAGCGGUAUUCGAAAGCGUUUGUCCAUCCAUUCCUUGAGGACGUCAUCUAUGUACGCCAGGUGUUCAAGAGAACGCAAUAUCUACUGUUCGUGAUCCACAAACUAUCCAACGGCAAACACGACCGCACUUUCAAGUUCAAUAUCAAAACGCGCUACCUGGCAAACCAAAAGCUCUCCAGUGCCUUACUAGGUUUCAUACCGCUCACCUCUCGGUGGAUGCCGGAUAUGGCUGAGCACCCAGAUGGCUACUGUCUCUUAGAAUUUGACUGCUACCACGAAAAACUAGCCGUACGCGAUAUUUCACAUUGUGGAAAGCGUAUGUCUCAUUCUUACUCCUUCACUGUGGACGACGACUUUGCAGUUGAGCUGAACGACAAAUCGUAUUGCGUCUUUUAA